GGGCGUCGACGAGCAGCUGCUGGAGGCCUGGCUGCUGGGGGGCGAGGCGGGCUGGCCGGCGACAGACGCCCCGCAGACGCCCGCCGCUUCCUCCUGCCUGCGCCUGCGCCGCGUCAGACACGCCGUCCAGCGCUCCAACAACUCGGCUCCAGGGCCGGGCGGCAUUGGACUCUUAGCGCGGCGGCUGUGCCUCCAGCUGUCCACGAACAUCUUGCACGACGCGGCGCCCGUGCUGAUGACUGACGACGGCGCGGAUAUUGCGGCCGACGAGUGGGCGGACCUGAACUCCAGCUUGCUACUCCUGCUCCCCGAGGCGCCUUUGGGCGCGCUGAAGAUUGCGCGCGCCGCGCCCUCCGCUUGCGCGCGGGCCUACGCCGACGACGCAGCGAUGGUCGACCCCGAGCUUCUGUGGCAGUCGGGGCUGGUGCGGGGCAAUUUCGUUGAGUACGGAUGUCUUUCUGGUUUCAAACUGAACGUGCGCGAGAUGGUGUUCGCGCCGCCGUUCCCCCGCGACUUGGAUGAGCUCCGGGCGCGCGUGGCCCGAGCUGCCGUGCUGUGGGGCAGACCCCCCGUUGCUGGGGAAGCAAAGCACGCGGGCUUCAAAGUGGGACCCUUGCGGGCGGAAUCCUCGUGGAGUGCGCCUUUUAAGAAGUUCGUUUUUGCGAAGUUGGUGGACAGGGCAGGGCAAUGGGGCAAGAUGGGAGUUGGUCUGUCUAUGCUCGCGUGCCAGGUCGUCAGCUCCGCGGUGGCGUUUGUCUCACACUUGUUCCCCUGGCCAGAGGAUUUUUCUGAGAUCGAGGAUGGGGCGCGCUCAUUGCCAUGCAGGGGGCCAAUCGAUUGGGCGACGGCUACUGCGUUCAAGGACCCCCAGACGCUGCACUUUCCACGAGCCUUGCUGGACGUGCCCAGCGCUGCCGCGGCGGCCAGGGCUCGGGUUGCUCACUUCGAAGACGCGGCGCACGGGG